AUGAAGAUGAUGAAGGGCAAGCAUGUGGUCAUCACGGGUGGCUCCACUGGCAUUGGCUUCGCCUGUGCCAAGCGUUUCCUGAGAGAGGGAGCCUCGGUUACCCUGAUGGCUCGGAACGCAGCCAAGCUGGAAGAGGCAGCGCGGGAGCUGCAGCGGUAUACGAGGGAGUCUGCUCAUAACGGAACCAACGGCUUCUUUCCUACUCCCAGAAUCUUCACUCAGGCAGUGGAUGUCUCUGAUGCCAAGGCGGUGCAGGCAGCCAUAGACGCAGCAGCUGCUGCGUGCCCCAUAGAUGUGCUGCUGUGCAACGCUGGAGUGGUGCGCACAGGCCAUGUGGAGGACAUUUCCGCACUGCAGGCCCAGGAGCAGGUCAACACGAACCUGCUGGGAAGCAUCUACCCUGUGCAAGCUGCAGUGCCUCUUUUGAAGGAGAGGGUUUCUCAAGGAGCGGAGCCAGGUGCAAUUGUCUUCAUGUGCUCACUCUCUGCUCUGAGCUUUUGGUAUGGUGCAGCAGUUUACACUGCUACAAAGUAUGGGGUCCGAGGCUUUGCAGAAGGUCUUCGUCUUGAGCUGCUCCCAUAUGACAUAUCGGUUUCCGUUGUCUGCCCAGGCUUCACGGACACCCAUCUUCUUGAUGACGCUGAAGCGUCUGGUCAGUACCUUACCAAAUUGAUGGAGGUGGCAUCGAUGUACGACCGCAACAAGAUAGAGAACCCUGACAUGGUGGCAGAGAGAACAGUGGCAGCUGUUCGAUCUGGAGAAUUCCUCGUCACAACGUCAUCCGGCUUCCUUCCUUUCUCACUUGCUCUGCUCUCUCGAGGGAUUUUCCCAUCCAAGUCGGUUGGCGACGUGCUGCACUGGGUAGACCUCUUAAACCACUUCGACGCCUUCCUCGAAACUUCCGUGAAAUCGCGCAAGGAUUUGCAGUUAGAGGGCCGUUUCGCGGGCGUGGAUCCGCCGUUUCCUCGGGAUGCGGUGCUGCAGGUGCUGCGUGUGUCGCGCAUUAUUCUCGAGAACUCCGUCAACAAGCACCUCUACGCGUCCGUUGAGCACGUGUGCACGCUGCUAGCGAGCACGGACCUGGACGUGCUAUCAGUGAGUCUUGAGCUGCUCUCAGUGUACGGCAAGAAGCCCUUCCAGCCAGGCCGCAGCACUCGCUGGCAUGCGGACCCCGCCAUCACAGCGCGCCUCUUCGCCCUCGCGCAGGCGUGGGGCGGCAAGGAGGAGGGCCUCGGCAUGCUGCCCUGCGCGCUCCAGGGGGGGCUGGACGCGUCUGCUCUCGCAUUGGGAGGGACGCUGCACUUCGAGUUUUAUGCGGAAGGGGCUGGUGGAGUGGGACUGGCGGGUCAGGGUCAGGGUCUGGGAGGGAGCGGUGGAGAGGGAUUAGAGGUUCAAGAUGGCAAUGCUGGUGGGGUAUCGGGUAGUGCUGCUCCUGCAGCAGGUGGUGCUGCCUCUGCUUCUCCCUCUCCUGCCGCACCUGCUGCUGCUUCCACUGAUCUAUCACCUGGGCUGAGGGUCAUCCACAUGCCCAGGGUGCAAGAGCACGUGCAGCAGCAGGGAAUCUCCGAGCUCGACUUCCUCCAGCGCCUAGUAGACCAAUACUCCGUGCCCUCCACCCUCCGUUUCUCCCUCCUCACCCGCCUCCGCUGCGCCUACUCCUUCCCUCUCCUCGCCUUGCGCCGCCGCUUCCUCUGCGUGCGCCUGCUGGCCUUCCGAGUACUGCUGCUCGCCACACCAGACCCAGACGAGCUCACAGCCUUCUUUGCGAACGAGCCUGAGUUCGUCCCGGAGCUGAUUUCGCUGCUCAAUGCGGAGAGCCUGGUGCCUGAGGAGGUUCGGAUGUACGCGCUGCUGGCCCUGGCUGCCAUGGCGCAGGACCGGCCGCGCCAGUCCACGGUCCUCAGUGCUAUUAGCACCGGCGGCCACCGAGCCACCUUGCCGAGCCUGAUGCAGAGGACUGUGGCUCAGCUUGGGAAACCAGGAGGUUGUUCGCCGAAAUUCGUUGACGCGCUAUUGGUCCUCAUUGCUGCGCUGGUGUCCUCCUCUUCCGGGUGCACUGCGCUUCGGGAGGCAGGCUUGGUACCGACCCUGCUGCCGCUGGUUCGGGACACCAAGCCUGAGCACAUGAGUCUGGUGACAUGGUCAGUGCAGAUCCUAGAGGCCUUCAUGGAUUUCUCCAACCCUGCAGCAGCACUCUUUAGGGAAUUGAACGGCCUAGACAUGUGCGUGGACAGACUAAGGCUCGAGGUCGCUCGAGUUGAGCCCACUCUCCUGCCUGUUCAGGGUUUGGGGUCUAGCAAAACCCUGGCUGGUGGUGCAGCUGAGGGUGCUGGUGAGGGGACUGCUGGUGGGGGGAGUGGCAGUGGCUCGGCUGGUGCACGAGCCACUGGUAUGGAUGAGGAUCGCAAGGGCAAGGCUCCGAUGGUGGAAGAGGAGGGUGCAGGAGGGGGAGCAGGCAUAGGGUCGAGCGGCGGCGCUGGUACGGCAUCAUCUGCUGCUGCUGGCGGAUCCGCUACAGCGCCAGCAGUGCUGACCUACCGGCAGCGCAGCCUGAUUAAAGCCCUGCUGCGCGUCAUCUCCCUGGUCAGCUUCGCACCAGGCAGCACUGUCAGGCUCGCAUCAGCCUCCCCCGAGCAAGGGGGCAUGGGACGGCUGCCGGACUGCCUGGCGGCCGUGUUUCGGCACGCGAAGGAGUUUGGGGGGGGCGUGUUUGCGCUGGCGGCGUCGGUGAUGAGCGAGCAGAUCCACCACGAACCCACCAGCUUUGCUGUGCUGGACGCCGCUGGGCUGCCCAAGACGUUUGUGGACGCUGUCAAGGCUGGCGUGCUACCGUUGUCAGAAGCCAUCUGCGCCAUCCCCAACGCUCUCCUCGCUUUCUGCCUCAACCAGCGCGGACUACAGCUCGUCACAGACUCCCACGUGCUUGCCUGCCUGCCCGCGCUCUUCACCUCGCGCCAGUACGCGCGCCCCCUGGCGGGGGACACCGCGUCCGUGCUGGGGUCCGGGCUGGACGAGCUCAUGCGCCACCAGGUGAGCCUUCGCCAGCCCCUCAUGGGCGCAGUUGUGGGCGCGCUCAGGGAGAUUGCGCGCAUGGGGGGGCUGGAGGAGCGGAAGGGGAGGAGGGCGGGGAGGGGAGGGGGCGAGGGAGGGGAUUCGUGGGAGGGGGAGAUGCGGGGAGGGGGGGAUGGGGGAGGGGAGGAGGGGGUGCGGGCGAAGGAGGAUGAUGCGGAUAGUGGGAGGCCGGUGGGGAGUGGCGGGGGUGGGGAGGAGGGGCCAGCAGGAGUGGGGCAAGGAACAGGGGGAGGGGCAUCAGGGGAAGGCACACAAGGGCAGGGUAGCAGACAGGGUGGGGAGGUUGAUGUGCCGGUGCCGAUGGAUACGGAUGGGGGCAACCAGGGGACAGAGGUAGCAGCAGCAGCGCCAGUUGCUGCAGCAGCCGCAGGGGAACAGGCAGGGGAAGAGACAGAGAGGGAGCAGAAUGCACCUCCAGGGCCAGCAGAGGAGGUGACAGCUUCUGGCGUUGCUUAUGAAGAGCCGGCGGCUGUGACAGAGGGAGCUGAAUUGGCAGCUCCUGGUUCAGAAGCAGUUAUGGCCGAGGCGGAACCGGCAGGGGCAGGAACAACAGAAGCAGCAGGGGCAGAGGCAGCAGGAACAGGAACAGGAGCAGAGGCAGCAGGAACUGGGGCUGUUGCUGCUACCGGCAUUGCCACCACCACUGCCAUCACCACAAGCAGCAGCAAGGAGAGCCUCACCCCAGCAGAGCUAGAGGCAUUCCUCCCGGACUGCAUCAGCAACAUGGCUCGCCUGCUGGAAGCCGUUCUCUCCAACGAGGCCAGCAGCCGCGUCUUCCUCGACCUCCGCGGGCUGGACGCACUGCUAGCGCUCUACACUCUCCCGCGCCUGCCACUGCUCUUCGGCACGUCCCCUGCCGCCCAGGGGAUCUCCAUGACCAUGCGGGCGUUCGGGCCCAGCCAUGCCUCGGCUGUGUCCCGUGGGGUGGCUUCGGCGCUGAAGAAGCAUGUCAAGUGCGCGGUUGCGUUUGUCACCACGUCCCUCUCGUCUUUCUCCCCUGCUGCCGCGCCUACUGCUUCUGAUGCUGCCGCUGCGGAUGCUGCUGCGGGUGCUGCUGCCACAGCCGCUUCAGCAGGCCCUGCUUCUGCCGCUCCAAGUGCUGCUGCUGCAGGAGCUUCAGGUGCAGGCUCAUCUGCAGUAACAAUCGGGCGGCGCCAGUUGUCUGACUUGGACGUGGAGUCACGGGAGUCGCUCCUGCGCGCCCUGGGAGUGGCAGAGAGCCUGCUCUCCCUCUCCGCCGUGCUAGUGCGCGCCACUGCUCUCUCUGUCCCCGACCUCGCGUCGUCCAGUGGAGAGGUGUUUCGAGACGUGGCUGUGCUUCACAGGGAGGCCCUCUGGCAGCUUGCCGUUUUGGAGCACAAGGGAGUGCCGCCGCCUUCCCCUGUUGCUUCUUCUGCUGCUGAUGUUGCUGCAGAGGCGGGAGGGAGUGCAGGGGGAGGAGGAGCCGGGGGAGAAGGGGGAGCAGGUGAGGGCGGAACGGCUGGUGGAGGGUCAGGAACAGGGGGAGAAGCCGGGCAGGGUGGGGGAUAUGUGGGGGGAGCUGCGCCAGCAGCUGCAGCUACACCUGCUGCCACCGGAGCUGCAUCAUCUGCUGCUGCGCCAUCCGCAGGACCUCCAGAGGCAGCUGAAACAGGCACAGCAGCAGCAGCGAGCGAACGAGCAGGAGCAGGAGGAGCAGGGGGAGAAGCAGGGGCGAUGCAGGUAUUCCCAGGGGAGGCAGCAGACGAUCUGGAUCUGCUUAUGAUGGACAGUGACGUGGGCGCUGGCAGACCCAUGCGGAACGGCCCUGGCUCCCUCUGGCCCCGCGGAGAAUUAGGGUUUCCGCACCGCAGCGGCAGCAGCAGGCACCUCUCACGUGCCUCUCGCGUUGUGCCUGACGGUACAGGGCCUGAUAACGGUCCUGAGGCAGGGGUAAGCGGCGCGGCUGAUGCUUCUGCCGCUGCCGCUGCCGCUGGUUCAGCCGUUGCUGGCACCACAGAUACUGCGGGGAGGAAGAAGCCAGAUGGUGCCGUACAAAAGGAGGUGCUGGGGCGGCUAGUAGUGGCCGUGCGUCUGUUCGAUGUAGCCGUGGGGAAGGCGAUAGUUCCUUCUAGAAGGCGGGACGAUGCCGUGGUGCUGACAGGCCAUGCCAAGGUGGCCUCAGCGGCCCUCGCGCAGACCUUCCAGGAGAAUCUAGGGUUAGGGUUUGCCGGGUGCGACCCAGGGAGGAGCAGCAGUGUGGAGGCGUGCUCGAGUGAGGAGAUACUGGAUUGCCCGGCAGUGCGGUGUGUGUAUCUGGGGAAGAUCGUGGAUGAUAUGUUUGCGCUGGUGGUGGAUCCGCGGCGGCACACGUGCAACAGCAUGCUGCUGAGGUUCUUCCACGCGCACGGGGCUGUGAAGCAGCUGUUUGCGUCGCUGCAGUGGGUGGUGCGAGUCAUGUGGGCCGAGCAGGAGCGGCAGGUGAAGGAGCGCGAGGAGAAGGCUGAGAAGACCGCGAAUGAGGAGAAGGCAAGAAAGGAAGCGGGUGGUGUGGGAGUAGAGGUCGCAGGAGGUUCAGCGGCUCAGAUGGAAACGGAUGGGUCAACCGAUGCAGCAGCAGCAGCAGCAGUAUCAGGGGAGAAAAUGAGCACAGGUGACGGCUCUAAGGAUGGGGCCAACAAGGGCACGGGUUCUCUUGUGGGAUCCGGUUCCUUCUCGCUGCCUUCGUGGCUGCACUCUCCUCUGCAGAGCUAUUUCCGUCUCAUGGACUGCCUCACCAACUCCCACCUCCUCCUCGCCCCCUCCUCCACCAGCAUCUUCCUCACCCACCAGCUCUCCCGCUCAGUUGAACCCGCCCCAGCUAAGCCUGAGGACUUUCUCCGAGCCAUGCAGUCGCAGGUGCUGUCUCUCAUGCUGGAUGUCUGGUCCCACCCGCUCUUUUCCCAGUCCGGUCUUGCUGUCAUCUCCCCGGUUGUGACUCUGCUUACUCGGGUGCUUCAAGGUCUGAGUGAUUCUGCUCCAGCAGCAGCAGGGGGUUCUGCUGCUGCUGCUACUGCGGGUGCAGGGACUGGUGCGGGGGCGGGUGCAGGAGCAGGCGAAGCGGCAGCAGCAGGGGCAGGGGCAGGUGGGGCGAGCGGCGCAGGGGGGCAGGGGGGUGCAGCAGCCUCCGCAGCUGCCUUGGCUGCUGCGGUGUUGGGAGGGCGGAUGCCGCAAGGUGCUGUACCCAUCCCGGUAGACGAAGCACUGGUGGAGCUUAUAGUGGAAAUGGGGUUCCCUAGGGAGCGGGCAGAAGAGGCGUUGCGGCAGGUGGGCAACAAUUUAGAUCUCGCUAUGGAGUGGCUCAUUAGCCACGUGCCAGAUGAGCCUACCUCAGAAGAAGACGAGCUCGCCCGCGCGCUCGCGUUGUCUCUUUCUGGUAAUGAUGGGGACGGGGGAGGUGGUCCCAGUGCAGGUGGGCAGCAGGGUGGGGAGGAGGGAGCAGGUAAGGCAGGAGAAGGGAAAGAGGGGGAGGAGAAAGGGAAGGGGAAAGAGAAGGAGAAGGAGAAGGAAGAGGAGGAGACGGGAGGAGAGAAGGAGGGGCGGAAGGAAGUGAGGGUGGAGGAGAUGUUGGUAACGAUAGUGAAGGUGCUGAGGGACGGAGGGGAGGGCGCUGUGUUCCCCAUGACCGACCUCCUGUUCGCCCUCUGCAGGCGCAACGCUGGCACAGACAGGGCUGCUGUCGUGACGUUUCUGGUGGGGCAGCUGAAAGAGUCCUGCGGGCAGGUGAAAGCAUCUCCUAGCGACGUAGAGAACGAGAAGCGAAGCGGCAACGAGGGAAAAGAGCGCAGAGCGCAGGGGAAAGCGGAGGAGGAGGGGAAGGCUGAUGGUGAACAGUCUUUGCUGCAGGCCUUACAAUCUGCCUUGGCGCACUGCCUGGCUGUGUUGCUCUCUGAAGACCUACCCUGCUCGGACAUAGCAGCCAAGGAGGGCCUCGCUGCUGUUGCUCUCCACAUGCUCUCCACAUACGUCUCUUCUGUGUGCCCCGACUACCACCCCCCGGCUCUGCCACUUGCUGCACUCGCCUCACCUCCCAGCAAGAGCCGGUCGCAGCAGCAAGGCAGUGGGGGGAUGACGGGUCAGAGGGUUGAGGGUAAAGGGGGUGCUGAUCGGGUGGCAGGGGGGACAGGGGGGAAAGGAGGGCAAGGAGGAGAGGGGCGUGAGGGGCUUGGGGAGGUGCCCAAGUGGGUGCCAUCUCUGUUCCUCGUGCUGGACUCCCUUGUGCAGUGGAAGGUGCCUGGCACAGGGGUGCGAGGGGAAGCGGGCACAGCAGGGGCAGCGGGAGCAGCAGGGGCAGCAGGGACGACAGCAAGCACAUGGGGAGCGGCAGCAGCAGAUGCACCUAUCUCCUUUGCGUCUAUACUGGCAGGUGUUGCAGGUGGGGCAGGUGGGGCAGGAGCGGCAGCUGCGGAUCCAGGUGCACCCGCUGCAGCACCUUCCGAGCCAGCUGGUACAGGUACUACUGCUACUGCCGGGGCAUCACAGGCUCCAUCUGGGGCGGGUUUAUCUGCCAGUGCCGCCCCAGCAGCCAGCAAGGGCAAGGACCCAGCAGAGACAGACAAGCGAGAAGGCAAGGAGGAGAACCGGUUCACAGAGAUCAUGGGGCUGUCAACAGGGUACCUAUCAGACCAUGAGAAGGCCCAAGCGAUGGCGCUCAUCUGCCCUCUCCUCCGCCGCCACCCCCCACCGUCUCUCUGCCAGGCUCUCCUCCACCUCGCCUCGCGCCUCUCCCGCUCACACCCCGUCGCCCUUCUCUUUUUGGAUCAGGGUGGGGUGGCGGCACUUCUCGCCCUCCCCUUCUCCUCGAUCUUCCCAGGGUUUGAGAGUCUUGUGUCGGCAGUGGUGCGGCAUGUGCUAGAGGACCCGUUCACGCUGCUGCAUGCUAUGGAAGCGGAGAUUAGGCACAGCCUCACCACGCUGGCGACUCAGCACGGGGGGCGUGUGUCCCCUCGCGUGUUCCUGGGCGCUAUGAGCCCUCUUGUUGCCCGUGAUCCGUCUGCGUUUCUGCAGGCGGUGGGGAAUGUGUGUGAGGUGGAGAGUAUUGGUGGGCGGCAGGUGGUGGUGCUGAAACGAGAGAAGGAGAAGGAGAGGGAGAAGAAGGAGAAGGAGGAGAAGGAGAAGGGGAGGGAGAAGGAGAAAGGAAAGGAGAAGGGGAGGGAGAAGGAGAAAGGAAAGGAGAAGGGGGUUGGGGAGAAGGAACAGAGAGCAGGAGCAGCAUCAGAAGCAGCAGCAGCAGCAGCAGCAGCAGGGCAACCAAGCACCUCUGCUCCAUCCCCAGCUCCAGGCCAGACCACUCACCACCAAUCCUCACCCCUUUCAGCCUCUCCGCAAACCUCUCCUCCGCCUCCCCAUCCCCCGGCGGGUCACUACAGCAAGUCAGCAGACGGCAAGGUGCUGACGUGGGUGUCCAAGUCAGGGCGGGUGCGCAAAGUCCCUUGGAGCUUCGCCUCUGUCGUUGACCAGCUCCUGACCUACCUGCAGCAGUUCCCGCCACCUGAAAAGACGUCCGAAAAGACACCUGAGAAAGCACCUGGGAAGCUGUCUGAGGGGCAUGGGGUAGCUGCAAUGGAGGUUGGGGUUGGUGGUGGCCUGGGAGGGGAGGCAAUGGAGGUGGACGCAGUGGGGGCUGAGAAUAAUGCAGCCGCUGAAAAGGAAGGAGAGAAGGAGAAGGAGAAGGCAAAGCAGCAGCAGCAGCAGCAGGACGAGGAGAAGGAGAGGGUGGAGUUUACAAUCUCGCGAACCACGCUGGUGCUGCGGCUGCUCACAGAGAUCCUACUGGCGUAUUCUGCUGCCAGCACUCUCGUGCUCCGCAGGGAUGCAGAGUCUGCUGCUGCCGCAGGUGCUUCAGCAGCAGCAGCAGUGGGUGCAGGUUCGGGUGUGUCAGCAGGGGCGGGCACGCCACAGCAGCACAGGGGAACAGCAUCCCGUGCACACAAGCACACUCCAGACAAGCACGAACACAAAUCCAAACCUGACCACCACCAUCACCACCAGCACCAGCACCAGCUACAGCCUUCACCAGGUAAGCCUGACUCAUCAGCAGGCGUCUCUGCAUCUGCAUGGGCAUCCCGAGGGGGCAUAGUGCACCACGUGUUGCACGAGCUGCUGCCAUACCUCAGCGACAAGCCCAGCUCCGCAUCAGCAGCAGCAGGAAGCAGUGCAGCAGCGCAGGGCGGAUCCUCCCACCCGGGGCACCAUCGGCUGGGCACCCAGGCGUCUGCAUUCCUCAUUGCGCUGUGCGUGCGCUCCGGGGAGGGCCGGCGCCGCGUGCUCUCGGAGAUUUCCAAGUCGCUGAGCCGGUUUGGGAAGGAGGAUGGGGGGAGGACAGGAGAGGUGCGGCAGCAGGAAAGGGCAGGAGCAGCUUUGACAGGAGAAGCAGCCGCAGCAGGAGCAGGAGCAGCAGGUGGAGUAGGGGAAGGUGGAGCAGCAGUGGUUUCGGGUGCAGAAGCAGCUGCUGUUGCUGCUGCAAAGCUUCAAGUGCCCAACAAGCAGGUGAGGUCGUUCCUUGACCUCAUGAACGCACUGCUCUCUACCCAGUCGUCCAAUGGGAGCAAUCCACCUGGCGGGCCAGGCAGCUCCGCACAAACCUCUGCCUUCGCUGCAGAGAUGGCCAAGACGGCUCUUGAGGUGGGCAUGCUGCCUAACCUCCUCGAGACCCUGAGUGUAAUUGACCUAAACCACCCCGAUUCCCCGAAGCUGGUGAAUUCGAUCCUCAGGGCUCUGGAGGUGCUCACCCGAGCCUCAGCUUCGGAAGCGCGUGCCGAGCCUGGGAGAGGUCCGGCAUCAGGGCAGCGCGUUUCAGUGGGUGUAACCAGGGCUGUAGGUUCGGGAAGGCAGGAAGCUGGCUCGGCAGGGGCUGGAGGGGCGCCGAGCCAAGUAGCAGUGGAAGGGGGGACAGCAGGGGCGGAACCAGUUACGAAUGCGGGGACAGUAGUAGGAGGAGGUGGGGAAGGUGGCGGUGCUGAUACAGCCAUGGGUGAUGCUGGUGGGGAGGGAGGGAGAGCAAUGGCUUCUGGAGGUGAAGAGGCAGGAACAGAUGCUGGGGGUGAGAGGAUGCGAGGGGGGGAUGAGGAGGGGAGGCAGCAGGGAGGCGAGGAGACAGGUGGGGCAGGGGCGGAAGAGAGGAGGGCGAUGGAGCAGGAUGAAAGGCAUGGGGGGGAGGAGGAGGAGGAGGAGGAAGGGGGGAUGGCGCAUGAAGCAGAGGCGAUUAUAAGAAGAGUGGAGGGCGGGGGCGGUAUGAGAGGGCCCAUGCAGCUGAGGUUCCAGAUCCGAGAAUUUGAUGAUAUGGGCGCAGAUGAGGAUGGUGAGGAGGAUGUUGAUGGGGAUAUGGAGGGAGAGGAGGAUGGGGAGGAGGACGAGGAUGGGGAGGAUGAUAUUGAGGAUGGGGAUGAGGAGGAUGAGGAGGAGGGGAUGGAGGAGGGGGAUGAGGAGGACGAGGAUUUGGAAGAGGAGGAAGAUGAGGAGGAGGAGGAGGAUGAUGAUGAUGAUGAUGAUGAUGAUGAUGAUGAUGAUGAUGAUGAUGAUGAUGAUGAUGAUGAUGAUGAUGAUGAUGAUGAUGAUGAUGAUGAUGAUGAUGAUGAUGAUGAUGAUGAUGAUGAUGAUGAUGAUGAUGAUGAUGAUGAUGAUGAUGAUGAUGAUGAUGAUGAUGAUGAUGAUGAUGAUGAUGAUGAUGAUGAUGAUGAUGAGGAUGACGAGGAGGAUGAGGAGGAGCAUGGGCAUGGAGGGGAGGACAACGGGCAUCUCCAUCCGGGUGGCAUGGGCAUGGGGGAUGACAUGGAGGACCAUGAGGCGGAGGAGGAGCGCGCAGCCCGGGCCAUGCGGCGCGAAUUUGCACGUGGGCUAGCAGAGGAGGACGAGGAGGAGGAGGAUGAAGGGGAUGAGGACGAGGAUAUGGACGAGGAUGAAGAGGAGGCUGAUGAUGAGGAUCUGGAGGAUUGGGAGGAGGAUGGAGGGAGGUUUAUAGAGGUGAGGUGGCGGGAUGAUGUCACUGGGGCCAAUCACGUGCAUCUGCUCGCGGGCGGUGCGGAUGUAGCCGGGCUGAUGGACCUUCCAGGGUUUAUGCAGCGGGAUGUGUUGAACGAUCCGCUGUAUGCUGAUAUGAAUGAGCCGGUGUGGGGGUGGGGGCGGCACCUCGCGAGUCACCAGCGCAGAGCGGCGGUAAGAAGCACGCUGCAGGGCCAGCAGCAGCUGGCGCAGGGGCAGGGGUCGGGGCAGGGGCAGGCUGGCCGGAUGGGAGCAGGCCCCUUGCAUGUGCACCCUCUGCUGGCUCGCCCGUUCGCCCCUGGAGCAGCACCGACAGACGCUGCCUCCGCGUCUGCCCCCGCUCAUGCAGCAGCAGCACCGGGAUCGCGGCUCUUUAACCUCCUGGCGGGGAUGCAGGGGAUGAUGGGGGGAGUGGGCGGGCCGAUGGGGGCUGGGGGCGGGCAAGGGCCAGGAAUGGAAGUAGACGCGGCGUUUGCGAGGGAUGUUGCAUCCCUUAUGAUGGCGUAUGAGAAUCCUUUCCUGGAGGACAUGCUGCAGGCCCGGGGGCUGCUUGACCCUCGCGGCAUGGGCGGCAUCAUGGGCGGCAUGGGCGGCGUGGGCGGCAUGGGGAUAGGGCAUCCGUCGGGGGUGGAGUUUGAUCCGGGGAGGGCGAGGGCGAUGGGGGUGAGUGGGCUAGGGCCGGUGGUGGGAGGCGCAGCGGGGCGAGGGGAGUUCGGGAGGGUGAAUCGGUGGACGGAUGAUGGGUUGCCGCAGCCUGCAGGGACGGGCGCUGCUGUUGCUCAGGCGCUGGAAACUGUGCUGGGCUUAGAAGGAGAGGCAGUGCCGGCUGCAGCAGCUGUUUUGGCUGCCAGUAAUGCUGGUGGCACGGCAGCAGAGCAGCAAGUCGGAGAGGGAGGCACACCAACGCAGGUGGCAGGGGAUGCGGCGCAAGGAACAGCAGCGGUAGACACAGCAGGGGUGACUGCCAUGGAAGUGGGGGAGCCGAUUUCAGCUGGGGCAACGGCUGGAGCAUCAGGUGGUGCUGCAGCGGAUGCAGCCGCGGGUGCUUCAGGUGGUGCAGCAGGCACGAGCACAGGUGGAGCAGCAGCAGCAGCAGCAGCAGCAGCAGCAGACGAGGAGGAGGAUCUCCCAGAGAUCGACCCAACCUUCCUGGAGGCUCUACCGGAGGACCUAAGGGCAGAGGUGCUAGCCUCCUUCCACGUGGAGAGAGCUGCCCGGCAGGCCCGCCAGAGACGUGCCCAGCAGCAGGCCGCACAGCCACAGGGGCAGGCAGGGGGAGGCGCGGCAGGGGAAGGAGCGGGGGGAGCGGGGGCCGCCGGGGGAGCAGGCGGAGCGGGGGGAGCAGGGGGUGCGGGAGCGGGAGGGGGAGCAGCAGCAGGGUUGGGAGGGGAGGACACGGGGGAGCUGGAUCCGGAAUUCUUAGCAGCGCUGCCGCCGGAUAUUCAGGCGGAGGUGCUGGCGCAGCAGCAGGCACAGCGCCUCAUGGCUGCAGCAGCAGCAGCAGGUGCGGAUGGGCAUCCUGUGGACAUGGACAGCGCGUCCAUCAUUGCAACAUUCCCUGAGGAGCUGCGAGCAGAGGUCCUGCUCACCUCAUCCGAAGCAGUGCUGGCAUCGCUCCCGCCCGCCCUGCUAGCUGAAGCGCAGCUGCUGAGAGAGCGGGCGAUGCAGCAGCAGUACUCCAUUCGCCACCAGCACCCCACGCACCCCCGCCACGCCAUCUUCGGCGGUCCCAUCCGCCGCUCCCCUGCUGUUGCUGGUGGUACCACCGCCCACCGCCGGCCCCCUCACCCGUUCGCUGUGGCUGCUGGGGAGGGCGGCGUGGGAGAAUUCACCAGGGGGUUCAUUGCAGCGGGGAUGGGGAGGAGGGAGCGGGAGAGUGCUGGGGUAGGGGCGGGGGCAGGGGCGGGAGCGGGGGCAGGGAGAGGUGGUGGGGAGGGCGGGGAGGAGGAGAAGGUGCCAGUGGUGGAUGAGAGGGCGCUCAAGGCGCUCAUUCGCCUGCUGCGCAUCUCCCAGCCCCUGCAAAAGGCUCUGCUGCCGCGUCUGCUCACCAACCUCGCGUCACACGCCGUCACCCGAGCAGCCCUUGUGCGCAUCCUGCUAGAUCUUCUGCGCCCGGAUGCCGAUCCAAUGGACCAGCAUCCCACGGGGCAGCCUCCAACAGACCAGAAUGCGGCAGCCAUGCAGGGCGGUGCAGCAUCUGCAGUGGAAGGCAGUGAGGCUGCAACAGCUGCAACGCCUGCAGCGCUUGGUGCAGCUGCAGAGGCUGAGGGUGUGGGUGAGGGUGGGUUAGCAGCGGAUGGCGCUCCACCACACCAGCUGUACUGCUGCCAGUCCAAUGUGGUGUAUGCUCGACCGCAGCUCCCCAACAGUAUCCCUCCCCUCGUGUCUCGGCGGGUUCUAGAGCUGCUGGUGUACCUGUCUCGCCACUCCAUGGCAGCCACACAGCUGCUGCUGCUCUUCCCAUCCGCGCUCACUCGCUUGGCUCAGCAGCAGCGGGAGGAGCGGGAGAGGGCGAAGGAGAGGGAGCAGCGCAAGGGCAAGGCGAAGGUGACGGAAGUAGCAGAGGAGGCUGUAGGAGGAGCAGGAGCAGGAGGGUCAGCAGGAGGAGCAGCAGAUGGAGCUGCAAAAACAGGGGAAUUGGUGGAGACGGGGGUUGCGGGUAGGGGAACGAAGGGGAAGAGAAAAGAGGGUGUUGAUGGGGAGGCGGAGGAGGAAGGGGGAGAAGGGGGGGAAGGGGAGGUGCCGUUUGUGCUGAUGCUGCACUUGUUGAGACAGCCUCUGUACCUCCGCAGCUCCCCCCACUUGGAACAGUUGCUGGGUCUCAUGGAGGUGGUAGCUCGGGCAGCAGCAGAGGAGGCCCUCAAUGCUGCCGCUGCUGCUGCCGCUGCUGCUGCUGCUGCCACACCUGCCAGCGCUGCUGCUGCCACUCCUGCCGCUACUGCUGCCACUACAACGCCAGCUACCGCUGGCAGCCCUGCCGAGGCAGUGGCAGAGGUUCGGAUGGAGGGUGGUUCAGGUCCGGGGACUGCCGAGGCUGGACCUGCGGGUGGGGAUGUAGAGAUGGGAGAGAGGGAGAGAGAAGACGGAGGGGAGGGGCAAGCAGGGCAGGAGGGGCAGGAGGGCAGAGAGCAACCAAGUGAAACCCAAGAAGAAGCUCCAACAGCUGCGGCAGAGACUGCAGCAGCGGCAACAACAGCAGCUGCAACAGCCGAUGCUGCCGCUCUUUUAACUGGAACAGAUACUGCUACUGCUCCCUCGGCUGCUGCUACCAUCCCACCCACUUCCACACUCACAUCCCCUCCCACCAUCACCACCCAACCCCCUGUCCCCGCUGCUCCACCCACUCCCCCAGUGCCCAUCCCAGUGACAGUCUUCCUCCGCAUUCCCCACCCCGACCUCCGCAUUCUCUCCCAAUUGCCCGCCCAGGAGGGCCUGUCAGACGCCUCGUACUCGCGCGCUGUCGCUGUGCUGAGGCUGGUUACUGCUGUGGUUCCGAAGUACCGCGCACUGUUUGUUGCUGACCUGGCAGAGGCGGCACGCCAGCUCAGCUCGCCGGCCACGCGGGAGCUGCUGGAGGUGGUGGAGGGGGCGGAUGGUGAGGAGGGUGGGGGAGAGGAGGGAGCAGGUGCAGGUGCAGGAACAGGGGCAGCAACGGAGAGUGAGAGAGCGUCUAUGGAAGGGCAGGAAGCAGCAGCACCUGCAGCACCAUCAGCACUAGCUGCUGUAAGCGGCAAGCCAUGGGGGUUGACGAGAGCAGGAGCAGCCACUCUCCGCGUCCUCAAGACCCUCACCUCGCUCCUCUCACAACCAGCCUCCUCCCUCCCACCCGCCUGGGAUGGUGACUCCCCCUCAGGACCGGCAUCCGAGGCAGAAUGCCAGGCUGUCAUUGCACACCUGGUCACGUCGCUCCACCCUCUCUGGCAAGUCCUAUCCGAGUGUUGUGGCAAGCUUGAGGCUCGGUACAAGAAGCACCCGGCCCUGUCCGCUUCGGCCGGACCUGCAGGUUCGGCGGCGGAGGGCGCGGCAGGCGUGGGAGGAGGGGCAGCCGGGGGAGAGCGCCACCGCCGCCUGCUCAACGCGUUCGUACGCGGCAACCCAGCGCUUCUAGAGCGGUCGUUUGCGGUGCUGCUCAAGUGGGCGUGGGUGCUGGACUUUGACAACAAGCGCGCUUACUUCAGGGCGAGGACGAGGCAGCUGCACGAGCAGCCGCACUACGGCACACUGCGGAUUACGCUGCAGGAGCAGCCGCACUACGGCAUGCUGCGGAUCACUGUCAGGCGGCCGUACAUCCUUGAAGACUCGAACAACCAGAGUUCGACGGCGAGGAUGAGAAUGCUCGUCACUGCUCUCGCCGUGUUCGAUACUGCCCUCCUUUCCCGCUGUUACUUCGCUUCACAAUCCCCCCUGUUUCAUCCCACCCUCCCCAUAUCUCUUUCCCUCUUUCCACAGCUGCGCAUGCGGACAGCGGAGGAGCUACGGGGGCGGCUGAACGUGCACUUCCAGGGAGAGGAGGGCAUCGACGCAGGGGGUGUGACGCGCGAGUGGUACCAGCAGCUGUCGCGCGUGGUGUUUGACAAGGGCGCUCUGCUCUUCACCACCGUCGGCAACGACACCUCCUUCCAGCCCAACCCUAACUCUGUCUUGCAGCCGGGUCAUCUGUCCUACUUCAAAUUCGUGGGGCGAGUGGUGGCCAAGGCUCUAUAUGAUGGGCAGCUAUUAGACGUGCAUUUCACGCGCUCCUUCUACAAGCACAUCCUGGGCGUGAAGGUUACGUUUCAUGACAUAGAGGCCAUCGACCCGGACUAUUACAAGAACCUGCAGUGGAUGCUCGAGAACGACAUCAGUGACAUCUUGGAUCUCACGUUCAGCAUGGACGCGGACGAGGAGAAGCGCAUUCUCUACGAGCGCACUGAGGUGACGGACCACGAGCUCAUCCCCGGAGGUCGCAACAUCCGGGUGACGGAGGAGAACAAGCACGAGUACGUGGACGCUGUAGCCGACUACCGCAUGACGGCUGCCAUCCGCCCGCAGAUCGCGGCGUUCAUGGAGGGGUUCACGGAGUUGAUUCCAAAGGACCUCAUCGCCAUGUUCAAUGAUAAGGAGCUGGAGCUGCUCAUCUCAGGAUUGCCGGAGAUCGACAUUGACGACCUGCGCAGCAACACGGACUACACGGGGUACACGGCAGGGUCGCCUCAGAUCCAGUGGUUCUGGGACGUGGUGGCUCAUCUUUCCAAGGAGGACCGCGCCCGCCUGCUGCAGUUCGUCACCGGCACUUCCAAGGUUCCGCUGGAGGGUUUCAAGGCGCUGCAAGGGCUGUCGGGCCAACAACGCUUCCAGAUCCACAAGGCGUAUGGCGACAACAAGAGGCUGCCCUCCGCUCACACAUGUGCUACUUUCGUAAGCAGCUCUCACCCACUCUUUCCCUUCUCUUGUAACAGUUUCAACCAAUUGGACUUGCCGGAGUACAGCACCAAGGAGCAGCUACAGGAGAGACUUCUAUAUCCUUUGAGAAUGGCUGCUACCGUCGCUACCUCCUCCAAGGUGGUCGUCGCGCCCCGCGCGGCCCUUUCCCAGGGCAGCAGUGCCGGCUCCAGCUCUGUCCGGGCGUCCGCCGGCAUCAGGUCCUUCAACGGCCUGGUCGCUGGUAACAAGGACAACCAGAAGUUCGCCAACAUUUUCGCCAUUGAGCACGACAUCCAGUCCGCCGUCGCCUCGCACGUCGCCAAGGCGGGCAAGGGCACCCGCGGUGUGGUAACCAUGGCGAAGAAGAGCGUGGGUUCGCUGACGGAGGCGGACCUGAAGGGCAAGCGCGUGUUCGUGCGCGCGGACCUGAACGUGCCGCUCGAUGCGGACUUCAACAUCACUGACGACACGCGUAUCCGCGCUGCCGUGCCCACCGUCAAGUACCUCAUGGAGAAGGGCGCUAAGGUCCUCCUCACUAGCCAUUUGGGUCGCCCGAAGGGUGUGACCGAGAAGUUCCGCCUGAACCCGCUGGUGAACCGCCUGUCGGAGCUGCUGGGCAUCACGGUCGUCAAGACCAACGACUGCAUCGGCGAGGAGGUUGAGAAGGCCGUCGCGGCGCUCCCCAACGGCGGCGUCGUGCUCCUCGAGAACGUGCGUUUCUACCCCGAGGAGGAGAAGAACGUUAAGGAGUUCGCCGAGAAGCUCGCCGCCAACGCCGACCUGUACGUCAACGACGCGUUCGGCACGGCGCACAGGGCGCACGCCUCCACCGCCGGAGUAACGGAGUUCCUGAAGCCCUCCGUCGCCGGCUUCCUCCUCCAGAAGGAGCUUGACUACCUCGAUGGCGCCGUCACCAGCCCCACCCGUCCCUUCGCUGCCAUCGUCGGUGGCUCCAAGGUGUCGUCUAAGAUCGGCGUGAUUGAGUCGCUGCUCGCCAAGUGCGACAUUCUGCUGCUCGGCGGUGGCAUGAUCUUCACGUUCUACCGCGCGCUCGGGUACAAGACCGGCGCGUCGCUGGUGGAGGAGGACAAGGUGGAGCUCGCGACGAGCCUGAUCAAGAAGGCCGAGGAGAAGGGCGUGAAGCUGCUGCUGCCCACCGAUGUUGUCAUCGCCGACAAGUUCGCCCCUGACGCCAACUCCCAGAUCGUGUCGGCCAAGGACAUCCCCGACGGCUGGAUGGGUCUCGAUAUCGGCCCUGACUCCGUCAAGACGUUCAACGAGGCGCUCGACACCUCCAAGACCGUCAUCUGGAACGGCCCCAUGGGUGUGUUCGAGUUCGACAAGUUCGCCGUCGGUACUGAGGCCGUCGCGAACAAGCUUGCGGAUUUGAGCGGCAAGGGUGUGAUUACCAUCAUUGGUGGCGGUGAUUCCGUGGCGGCUGUUGAGAAGGUGGGAGUGGCUGAGAAGAUGAGCCAUAUCUCCACCGGUGGCGGUGCCUCCCUGGAGCUUCUCGAGGGCAAGGUGUUGCCAGGUGUCGCUGCACUCAACGAGGCCUAA